AUAAAGUAGCCUCCAUGCUCCGCUUCAGAAGGAAAUCACCAGCAAUCGUUCCAUAUCUCGCUGCAGUACAAUUGCUCCAGGCCGUCAAUCGUUUUACAAUAACCACCACUCAACCCUGUGUUCUCCAAAAUGCUCAAGAACGCUAUUUUGACUCUUUUGGCUUCGGCCUCUCUCGCUGUAGCCUUCCCUGGCGGCACCUCUGAAUACGCAGCGCCGCCCAAGUCGACCGUCGUGUAUCCACCACCUCCUUCCAAGGAGACCAUAUGCUCCUCUAAGUACCUCACCAUUACCAGCGUUGGAGAGGGGAAGACCACGUAUCUAUCCACCAAGACUGUCGUCAUUCCUGUCACCAAUGUUGUUGACAAGCCAACCACGAGUGUAUCGGCAGUCCUCUCCACCAGCACCGGCUACACGACCAAGACCAUCAUCUCUCUCACGACCCAUCUCACGACGAAGACCUACUCCACGGUCACCACUAUCACUAACACUAAAGUGGAGAGCGAUGUCAAGUCAGACACUAAGUGCGAGACAAUCCCGGUUACCUCCGUUGGCACUUCGUACAAGACCAGUGUCGGCACCGUGAAGGAGACAGUCAUCACUACCAAAACAAGCAACUCCAUCUGCACAGAAACUGCGAAGGUUCCGAUCACGUCCGUCUCUACGGAAACAAAGACGGUCUGCACGACCAAGGGUGGAUAUGGCAACGGCUACUGAGCUAUUCAGCUACUUUCCGUGCGGGUGCGUGAAAGCAGCUAGCACAAGGAGCAUGAGUGCUCAGGUAGUAGGCCUGGGACCGAGGAAUAUGUAGUGCGAUCA